AUAGCAUUAAAGCUGCGCAUGCGUCAGUUCAAGGCACACGUCUUGAAAGACAGUUCGUAACAUAAAAUUUACAUUUAUUUGUAAUUUUUCACAUUUUAAGCCUUUGUGCAAACUCCGAGAAACUUCAAUUGUGCACAAAAAAGGGAGCAAAAGUGUGCGACGCCGUAAACUGCGCACAAUAUCUUUAGAUAAAAAAUUAGUUUGAAAUACUUCAAAAUUCCGGUUCCGGUUUUUAACAACGAGGGCUUAAACCCUGAAGAUAAAAUGAAUAAUAAACGCAAAGGUAGAGGAGGUUCUACUGCUGCAGGGAAAUCUGAGCGUGUAUCUGCACCCCCUGUGGCCUCGUCGAAGCGCUCAAAAACGCCGGACAAGGACACGAAGGAACAGAGUCCGGACGAUGAAUUCAAUGGCAUUUAUAACAACGCGAGGUUUACUCAUGCUUUAACCUCUUUAAUUGGAGUUCACCUAAGAGUUGAGACUAAUAACAAGGAUGAAUAUGAAGGAAUUUUGAAAACUUUUUCCCCUAACCUAGAGAUUGUUUUAGAGAUGGUGCAUAAGAUUGACCCUGCAAGCACGGAUACUGUUGAUCUUCAAACUGUCAAGGAAAAAAUGGUUUUCCCUUUUGAAUCUGUAGUUAGAUAUUUUGCUGGAGAUGUAGAUCUUGAGUUUGCCAUGAAGGAAUCGUUUCAAACAGAUACACAAAUAUCUUCCGCUAAAAUGAAUGGUGAAUCCCAGCUGCGUGACCUUGAGGUGUGGCAACCUGAAGAUGAUUGUGUCGGGGGCGGGAUAGAAGAUGAUAUGAAUUCUAAUAGUUGGACGCCAGAGGAGAUGUUUGCAAAGAAUGAGGAGAGGUUUGGUGUGAAAACUAGUUUUGAUCCAUCUUUAACCGGAUAUACAGUUCCUCUCAACAGGGAUAGAGUUGAUAGUGAGACCGAGAUGAGAGCUGCUCGUAUAGCAGCAUCAAUAGAAGGAGACAGCAAGAGUCUGUAUUAUACUGAACUAGAAAACGGAGAUGAAGAAGAAGCUUUUAGUGCUGUAUCGAGAACUGGAGAUAAACGGAACGGGCGGGAGCGCGAGAGUCCCGGUGACGAAAAAUCUUCCGCCUAUGUUCCCCCGGGAAAGCGCGACUCCCGCGGCGGAUUCUCCCGAGGGCGUGGCCAAAGAACUCCGCCUCCAAAUAGAUAUGACAACUAUGAGGAUAGAGAUCAAAGACAAAGGCAUGGUGAUCGUGGGGAUCGAAACGAUCGAUACAGCGGCAGCAGGGGAGGUGGGCACAGAGAGGACAGGGGCAAUUCAGGGGGGCACAGGGAAGACAGAGGGGGCUCUGGAGGACAUAGAGAAGAAAGAGGAGGUGGCUACCAAGAUCGAGGUUACCAUCGUGAGGAGCGAGGCUACGGAGGACGUCAGGAGAGGGAGGAGAGAGGAUACGGGAGGCAAGAUUCCCACGGGAAGAAGGAGGACCAUCGAGGCUUCCACGAUCAGGGUCGAGGAGGUCAGGGACAUGAUCAAGGACGAGGUGGAGGAUAUCAGGAUCAUAGAGGACAGCAGAAUAGACCUGGCAGCUCGCAUGAAAACAGACGCGAUGAUCGAAAAUCCUCUGAGAAGAUUUCUCCCCUUCCGCCGCAAGAAACUGAGAAGACGGAGAGGAGGAGGUCCGGAGAGAUGAACCGGAGUCCGGAGGCGGAACAAGGUGCUCUACCGCAGAGGGAUUCUCAGCGAAGGAAACAAGAGAAAUCUAAGGAGCAGAGUACGAGUGAUCUGAAAGAUUUCCAUCAGAAGUUUAAUUUGAAACUGGGCGACAGUGCUCCGCCCACCCAGCAACAAGCUACCACACCCACUGUUAGUAUUAACCCUGAUCCCCCUGGGCAGCCCCAGGCCAGCCCCCGGGAUAAUAAGACUCCGACUCCUAGACCUUCGCCUAAACCUGUUUCCCCUACACAGAGUUCCAUUGCUAGCGUGCCUUCUUCUACCCCUGACUUGAACAAGUCCAGUCUGAACCCCAACGCCAAGGAGUUCACCCUGAACCCUACGGCCAAGGAGUUUACCCCCAGGAUGGCGCCCCGGCCAUCCGCCACUCCCCCACGCCCUCAGACUCCAGGAACCCCGGGGCAGAUGGUACCGACUAUGUACACAAAUAUUAUCCCAAUCCAGACCCAAGUUGGAAGCCAGCAUAUGGGUGGAAUGCCUGGAAAUAUAUACACUCCAGCAAACCAAAGACCUAUGCGUCCAAGCAGUAAGGAAGGAAGUGGAGGGGUUCAUAUAAGGCAGGAACUACCUUCUCCUAUGCAGGUUCAGCAGGUGACAGGUCAACCUAUCCUGGCACAGCAUCUGAACCCUCCAGGAUACUUUAACCAGGGACAGAUACAGUACGUCCAGGGGGGUCCAGGACAGCAACCUAUCAUGAGGAUGGUUAAUGUUAUGCCAGGUAGACCCCCACCCUCUUAAAGGCACUGUAACCAC